AUGAGCAAGGAAGCUUCGUUCAGCGGUGAAGACGCAAUUUGCGCGUCUGUGAUCAAAGAUAAGCCUGUUUCUCCUAUGGGUGUAGGAGAAACAGACGGUAUCAAUCCUAGAACUGUUAGUCCUACCUCCUUUGAAUCACUGGGUGAACCUUCUAAUAGUAGUGUCGAAAAACACGGCGAUGAUAGACCCCCGAAUAUGUCACUUUUGCAUGAACUCGCGUUUGUUGGCGUCAUAAUAUCUUCACAAAUUGUUACACAGGUAGGAGUUGGCCAGGGGUUGGCUCCUAUGAAGAUAGUAGGAGAGCAUUUUGGCCAGUACGAUGCGGGCAAAUUAAGUUGGUAUGUGGCAGCAUAUUCGCUAACAGUAGGUACUUUUAUAAUUGCCUGUGGUAGAGCAGGCGAUAUGUACUCGCACAAGAAGUUAUUUCUAUUUGGCUACGCGUGGCUAAGUUUAUGGGCUUUGUUGAGUGGUAUUAGUAGCUACUCCAAUAGUGUUUUCUUUGACAUAUGUCGAGGUUUACAAGGUAUUGGCCCUGCCUUUCUUCUACCUAAUGGUUUGGCCAUUCUUGGUAGAGCGUAUCAUACUCCUGGAAGACGGAAACAUCUUGCAUUCGCGUCCUUUGGCGCAGUUGCACCUUUUGGAUGCUGUGUUGGGGCCAUAUUUGCAGCUUUGUUCGCUCAGCUCGUUAAAAUAUGGGCCCUGGCUUAUUAUGUCAUGGCUGGUGUUGGCUUGCUGAUGACUAUUGCUAGUUAUUUUGUUAUUCCAGACGAGGAUAAAGAGGAGUUCGCAAGAGAGGCCGCCGGACAGAAGUUUGAUUACUAUGGGGCGAUAGCCGGUAUUGGAGGGUUGAUUCUUAUUAAUGUGGCAUGGAAUCAGGGCCCUGUUGUAGGUUGGCAAGUACCAUAUGUCUACAUUCUGCUGAUUAUCGGGUUUCUGUUUAUGGCGGCUUUUAUUGUAAUUGAGCUUACAGUGGCACAACCUCUUAUACCCCUUAAAGAAAUGUCACCUGCGACCAUUCGAAUCCUAUCGACUAUCGCACUUGGCUGGGCUACAUUUGGUAUUUGGUUAGUUUAUUUGUGGAGUUUCUGUCUUGAUGUGAGACAUGAGAGCCCCAUAGAAGUUGGUGUGCAAUUUUUACCAACGAUAGUCGCAGGAUUCUGUGCUGCUGGUUUAACGGCCUUUUUAUUUGGACGUCAUGUCGAGCCUACUGUAAUGAUGGUGAUCGCCCUUAUUGGAUUUUGUAUUCCGUCUAUUCUUUUAGCCACUAUGCCUGUUCAUCAAACAUACUGGUCUGCAUUGUUUGUGUCCUUUCUUAUUGCACCGUUCGGGAUGGACAUUAGUUUUCCUACUGCAACAAUUAUGCUCAGUAAUGCAGUUCCUAGAAAUAGACAGGGAAUUGCUGGCUCGCUAGUUGCAACUGUAGUUAACUAUGCCAUUUCAAUUGGCCUGGGAAUUGCUGGUACAGUAGUACGUCAGUUGUCUCCUGGACAAGAUCCUCAAUCAUUACUUCAUGGAAUUAGAAUUGCUGCCUAUGUUGGGGUGGGUUUGAGUGGUGCAGGUAUUGUUCUAGCGCUGAUUGAAGUCUUUUUGCAUCGUAAAGUGCCGAAAGGUUUAUAA